AGAGGAUUAGUCAGAAUAUAGUUCAGGAACAGAAGCGACUGCUGAUGGAUAUGGAUGUUUUGGUCAACUCUUCCGGAUGUCCUAACAUUGUCAAAUUUUAUGGCGCUAUCUUCUGGGAGGGAGACCUCUGGCUCUUUAUGGAGAUAAUGGACGCCUCUUUGGAUAAGUUCUAUCGACUCGCGUACUCACGAGCGGACACCUCGAGCGCCGAGAACGCCAUUCCAGAGGACAUAUUAGGAACAAUCGGCUCGUGUAUCGUAAAAGCGUUGAAAUAUUUGCACGAAAUGAAGAUAAUCCACAGAGACGUCAAGCCCUCCAAUAUCCGAAUUGGUGAAGGUUCACUGAAGAAUAACCAUGAAAAAUAA